GAUCAUUAUACGUCUUGGAUAAGCUUGAGAUAAGAAUAAAAAUUCAAAAUGGCGCGGGCCAAUCUGAGGAUGAUUGCCACCGAGGAGAAUGAGGACCAGUUUGGUUAUGUGUUCGCUGUCUCCGGUCCCGUCGUAACGGCGGAGAAAAUGUCCGGAGCGGCCAUGUACGAGUUGGUGCGCGUCGGCUACAACGAGCUGGUCGGAGAGAUCAUUCGUCUGGAGGGAGACAUGGCUACCAUUAGGGUGUACGAAGAAACGUCGGGUGUAACCGUGGGCGACCCCGUCCUGCGCACCGGCAAGCCCCUGUCCGUGGAGCUCGGGCCCGGCAUCCUGGGCUCCAUCUUCGACGGCAUCCAGCGCCCGCUCAAGGACAUCCACGAGAUGACGCAGUCCAUCUACAUCCCGCGCGGCGUCAACGUGCCCUGCCUGGCGCGCGACGUCAGCUGGGAGUUCAACCCCCUCAAUGUCAAGGUGGGGUCCCACAUCACCGGCGGAGACCUGUACGGCGUGGUGCACGAGAACACGCUGGUGAAGCACCGCAUGAUCGUGCCGCCCAAGGCCAAGGGCACCGUCACGUACAUCGCGCCCGCCGGCAACUACAAAGUCACUGACAUCGUGCUGGAGACGGAGUUCGACGGCGAGAAGAAAAAGUUCAGCAUGCUGCAGGUGUGGCCCGUGCGCCAGCCGCGGCCCAGCGCCGAGAAGCAGCCCGCCAACCACCCGCUGCUCACCGGCCAGCGCGUGCUCGACUCGCUCUUCCCAUGCGUCCAGGGCGGCACCACCGCCAUCCCCGGAGCCGGUUGCGGCAAGACCGUCAUCUCGCAGGCGCUGUCUAAGUAUUCCAACUCUGACGUCAUCGUGUACGUCGGUUGCGGGGAGCGUGGUAACGAGAUGUCUGAGGUACUGCGUGACUUCCCCGAGCUGACCGUGGAGAUCGACGGCGUGACCGAGUCCAUCAUGAAGCGUACCGCGCUCGUCGCCAACACCUCCAACAUGCCUGUGGCCGCCCGUGAGGCCUCCAUCUACACCGGUAUCACGCUGUCGGAGUACUUCCGUGACAUGGGUUACAACGUGUCCAUGAUGGCGGACUCCACGUCCCGCUGGGCCGAGGCGCUGCGUGAGAUCUCGGGGCGCCUGGCCGAGAUGCCGGCGGACUCCGGCUACCCGGCGUACCUGGGCGCCCGUCUGGCCUCCUUCUACGAGCGCGCCGGACGCGUCAAGUGCUUGGGAAACCCCGACAGGGAAGGUUCCGUGUCCAUCGUGGGCGCCGUGUCGCCGCCCGGCGGAGACUUCUCGGACCCCGUGACCGCGGCCACGCUGGGCAUCGUGCAGGUGUUCUGGGGGCUCGACAAGAAGCUCGCGCAGAGGAAACACUUCCCCUCCAUCAACUGGCUCAUCUCAUACAGCAAAUACAUGCGCGCUCUCGAUGACUUCUAUGACAAGAACUACCCCGACUUCGUGCCCCUCAGGACCAAGGUCAAGGAAAUCCUGCAAGAAGAGGAAGACUUGUCAGAAAUCGUGCAGCUGGUGGGCAAGGCGUCGCUGGCCGAGACCGACAAGAUCACGUCGGGGUCACCACUUUAG